CGCCCCCCAUUCCGGCUGCCUGAGAAGAUGUUUCCCUUCAAGGUGCGCAAAUGGACGGGGCUGGCUUGCCUCCGGGCCGCGGUGGGCUCUUCACCCAACGUUCGCCAGAAGAAACUAAUCCACAAGCUGCAGGAGGAAAAGGCUUUCCGGGAAGAGAUGAAAAUUUUUCGCGAGAAAAUAGAAGACUUCAGGGAGGAGAUGUGGAACUUCCGAGGCAAGAUCCGUGCUUUCCGGGGUCAGAUCGUGGGCUUUUGGGAGGAGGAGAGACCUUUCUGGGAAGAGGAGAAAACCUUCUGGAAAGAGGAAAAAACCUUCUGGGAAAUGGAAAAGUCCUUCCGAGAAGAAGAGAAGACCUUUUGGAUGAAGUACCGUACCUUUUGGAAGGAGGACAAGGCCUUUUGGAAAAAGGACACCGCCUUAUGGGAAAGAGACCGGAACCUUCUUCAGGAGGACAAGGCCUUGUGGGAGGAAGAGAAAGCCCUGUGGGUCGAGGAAAGGGCUCUUCUGGAGGAGGAGAAGGCCCUGUGGGAGGACAAGAAGUCCCUCUGGGAGGAAGAGAACGCCCUCUGGGAGGAGGAGAAGGCAUUCUGGGUGGAAGGCGGUGGCCCUUUUGCUGAGGGGCAGGUCCCUGACGACAGGCCCGAUGUCGUCGACGGGGGGCCGCCGUCACCAGCCUUCCCCCGGGGCAGAGCAUGA